AUGAGUGCCUCCACUGCGCAUCGAGAUGAGGUGGUCGAGGCGGCGAUUGGCGCGUUGAAUGAAUUCGCAGCAAUGUUGCUGAAAUCUGGUAUCAGCAAACAGCAGCAUCGCAGUAUCCUGGCGAUUGCCUGGGAGACCGCCCGCAGUGGGGAUGCCUUGCUGGGCCUGGAGGAGCAUGCCGCGGCUGCGCUUACGACGGAGGUUCACAUGUCAACUGACUUUAAUGACCUCCUGCUCAAGGUCAAAGGUGAGAGAGCCUUGCGAACUUGGGAAGACGCCUUUGUCUUGCGACCUCCGCUCAUCAGUUGGGUGGGAGGUAGUGGGUACGUGAUACGUGCGAUCGAAGCUGCCGUUGCGGGAGUGCCCCACUUCCAGACCAAGUCUCGCUCGCCGGGAGUGAGGCCCUGGGAGUGGAUCCGGUGGCGAGUGGAUGCAUGCGCACGCGCAGCCUCUGCCACGGGACUGGACCCGAACAAGUGCGAGGCCUUGCGAAACAUCGGCGCUGCCCUCCUGGAGCCGUACAGGUUGGAGUUCGAGAGGGUGGAGAAGCAGCAUGUCGAGGCGCAGUCCGCCUGA